CCUCGUGUCCAACACGCGUGUUUUUACCAUUCAUCAUGCACUCUGUGUUCCGAAGUGGUUUGUUCGAAGGGAAAGUGGCCAUUGUUACUGGCGGUGGAACAGGCAUCGGAAAAGCAAUAGCUAGAGAACUGAUCUACCUAGGCAGUAAAGUUGUGAUCUCCUCUAGAAAAGAGGAAAAACUACUCAAGGCGGCCGUGGAACUUUCGCGUUAUAUUCAACCUUCCAGCAGCGCUGAAGUUAAAGUCAUACCUUGUAAUAUUCGAGAAGAACAACAGGUAAUUUUAUUAACUAUUUUGUCAUCUUUAAACAUAUCCGUGAAGCCAACCUUCAGUGUGAUUUUGAAAGAUGAACUUAUUGCAUAUACCAUAUUUUCUUUAUUUACAACGUUGCUACUAAUGUCUUGUCAUUGAUUUAGCGUAGGCCCCUGCCUGCAGCUCUUUGUUAUCACUGGGAACUGGAGUUUUAUCCCCGGGCAAGGGAGGAGUUGCUCCCCUGGGAUAAAAUUGCCUAUUCCGGGCAUUCAGAAAGUAGGGCAUGGGCGGAAAAUUGCUCACCUCGCUCCCUACCAUCUGAACGCUUGGAUCAGGCUAGCUUGUUGACCUUUUAGGGGUUAACAUUACAUUGUGGCCUGGAGCUGGUUAGAGGGCUUUAUAUUCUACUGGAUCCAAUCAACCCCCUAUACAUGUCAUUUCCCUAUCCCCAAGCCUUUGGUUGACUGGAAAAUCAGGAUCGGUCUAUUAUGAUUCUGUUCCAAAUAUUUUAAUAAAAAAGGAAAAAAGUUAUCAUGUAUGGGUCCCCAAUCCCUAAUCGUUGUUCCCCGAUCCUGCUUUUCCAGGAAACUUAACCUUUUGUGAUAUAUACAUUCAUACACUACAUUAGAACACCAACAAAAAGAUUUUUUAAAAUGCAUUUUGAAUUCUUAUACUCUUUGUUCUUUGUUCCCAUAGUUCCCUCAAAAACCAUACCUUAUUCCAGACCAAAAUAAUUAAUUGGCAAAGUCAAUACCUGUUUUUAGAUCGAAACAGCACAAAAACCAUACCCUUCGGGCAGCACAUAUAGUACCUAUAUGGCUUACGGAAGGGAGUACCCCCAGGCUUAUUCAGGUGUUUAGAUACAUGUACAUGACAUCUGUACUCCUCAAACAGCUGUCAGGAAGGUGAGAAUGAAGCUAAACUGGUAAACCCACAAUGAAUCCUCACAGGCUGAGAAUGAUUCUCCCUGAAAUUCCAAAGGCCCAGAUCAUAACCCCAAAACUUCAAGCAUAUCCUGGAGGGUUAAUUUUAGGGUGUUUGAGUUUUCAGUUGAUUAAUAGUCUUCCCUCUCGAAUUGGGAUGGUUAACCUGUAAAAUUACAGUUACCAGUAGUAACAAAAUUUUACUUUUGUCUCCUUAUAAAGUGAGUAUUUUCUAUCUUUCAGGUAACCAAAUUGGUUGAAGAAACCCUUGCCUCUUAUGGAAAAGUCGAUUUUCUUGUGAACAAUGGAGGAGGACAGUUCAUGUCACCUGUUUCAAACAUGUCAGCUAAAGGAUGGAGAGCUGUUGUUGACACAAACUUAAAUGGCACAUUUUUGUGCUGCAAGGAAGGUACAAGAAGAAGUUCAAAGCUUAUGAUUUAUGACAUUUUUUGUGAAUAAUAUUAUCUUGUAAUAAUUUAUAGUGAAGUCUGAGAGAACCCAAGAAAGACCAUGGUUAAUAAUUUUUUACAUGGUAACUUUCUUUAUAUGUACAUGAAUGUAUGCAGUGUGAACACCUUAGAGAAAUAUUGUUCUCCUGGGUAGUUUCGAAAACGAAGCACUCGAAAAUGAAGACCGAAGCACGAAGCACCCAAAUCUCGAAAACGAAGCACCCUAUCUCGAAAACGAAGCACCCAAAACUCGAAAACGAAGACUCCUAAAUCUCGAAAACGAAGCACCCAAAACUCAAAAACGAAGCAUCCAAAACUCGAAAACGAAGACCCCUAAAUCUCAAAAACGAAGCACCCUAGAUCGAAAACGAAGCACCCAAAACCGUGAAACCGGUCUGUCCUUUAUAAACACGAGACCAAUGCUAAUACAGCCGGAAUCAAGCACGAUAACGAAUCGAAUUCUCCUGUUCCCCACCAUGGAGCCUGGUCCCAGGCUGUUAUCCUGGUCCCUGCCUGGAUCUGAUCUGAUCUGAUCACGCAGUGUCAUAGAUACCCAAUAUGUUAGAUUGCAAAACAAAACAUGCAAAACAUGGCGUAAGAGUAAUACGCGCGAGCCUCACACUCCGUUUUCAGCCUCGUUUCAGACCUUUUGUGUUACUGCUCAUGAUCUCGCGUACUUGAAUACGCCAAAAUCUGCUGACGGACAGUUUUGAAGUCUACAUAAACAUGUAUGUGUACCGAAAAAAUGCAUACUAAGGUAAGAUGUAUCAAGUAUAGUGAGACGAAUAAUAAAAUUAAAGUUGCACUUAUUAAACCUACAGUGGUUUCGAGUUUUGGGUGCUUCGUUUUCGAGAUUUAGGGGUCUUCAUUUUCGAGUUUUGAGUGCUUCGUUUUGGAGUUUUGGGUGCUUCGUUUUCAAGAUUGUGGGGUCUUCAUAACAUAACAUAACAUAACAUAAUCUUUAUUUAACGUGGGAGAAACACUUAGCUAAAGCUAUUUUGCAGGUUUUCCACAAAUCAAUAUUAAGAAAGAAAGAAAGAAAAUAUGUACAUAGAAGUGUAAAAAUAUAAAAUAUCUAGCAUCUAAAAUUACAAAAUUAGAUAACUAAAAUUGAAUAUUCCUCACUUGUUUGUUAAAUUCUAGUCCUCCAGCUCUUAAUCGCAAUUCGUUUGGAAUACUGUUCCAUUGUUUUGCGGCGAAAUAUCUGAAGGAGUUUAAUCCAUACUUUGUAGUAUUUACUUUUGGCAGUGAUAGCGUAUUAUUGCCCCUUAAAUCGUACUUGUUGUCUCUCAUUUUAACGAGUUCCUUAAUGCAAGUGGGGGCGGUGCCUUGAAAGCAGGCGUUUAUAGUUAUUCGUUUUCGAUCUAGGGUGCUUCGUUUUCGAGAUAGGGUGCUUCGUUUUUGAUCUAGGGGUCUUCGUUUUCGAGUUUUGGGUGCUUCGUUUUCGAGUUUUGGGUGCUUCGUUUUUCGAGAUUUGGGUGCUUCGUUUUCAAGAUUUGGGUGCUUUGUGCUUCGGUCUUCGUUUUCGAGUGCUUUGUUUUCGAAACUACCUGUUCUCCUGCUAGUAGGUGCGUAUAUGUGUAAGGGCACGAGUCUCCUGGAUAUGGCACUAAAAUCUCCCAGUCCCCCUGACAGGUCACCAAAUCUUCUGCAUACAUGAAAAAUUAACUGUUUUGUUUUUUCUGUGCUUUAGUGAUGUAGCCCAAAUUUUUUCAAAAUUCAAACAUGUUUUUUAUUUGAAGUUUUAAUUUGGUUUCUGAAAUGAUUUUCAAUGCUUUUGUCAUAAAAAAACCGUUUUUUCAAUAUUACUUAGUACUUGAUUCAUGGAAGGGACUAAUGGCUAUUAUUUUUCUUUUGUUUUUGAGUCUUUGCUUCAUUUAAGACUACCGGUACUUAAAAUGUUCUGAGGCACACCCAAACCUAAUUUAUGAUUGGGAGAGUGGGUUGAUUUGUAUGUAUCGAGGGUGGGGUGGAUUGAUAUUAGGAAGGUUGGUACUUCAUCAGAGACAGUAUCCAGAUUUAAAAUCUCCAUAGCUUGGCAGUGACAGUUGACUAGUAAUAGCUGUCCAACUGCAUGUUUGACAGCAAAAAUGUCAAUGGCAAGUGCGAGGGGGAGAAAAGCAUGAAAGGGAAAAAGGAAAUAUACGUCAUUAAGUUACUCAUUAGGGCUUAGCCAAUCAGGAAUUUGUGGACAAAAGGAAGUCCUUGCAGGCAUCCCUUACCCUCUCUCCAAUCCCCCUCUCCUUCUCGCCUUCUCCUAAUCCCCGAUCCCUUUUGACACCUGUUAGGCAGGCUACAAGUUUGCACCCUAUACAAACAUGCUUUUCUGUCACAUGUCCAGGCGCGGAUAAAAAUCACAGCAUACCUUUUUUCUGUCCUUCUUGUUUAGUAUAUAGAUUGUGGAUGUCUGACAAUGGUGGUUCCAUUGUAAAUAUUAUUGCAGACAUGCGUAAAGGUUUUCCAGGGAUGGCGUAAGUAUAUAUAGUGCACAUGUCACUUUGUUGCUUUUUGUUGUGUUAUCUGUGCAUUUGUAUAGACACUUAACAUAACUGUGACAGAUCAAUAAAAUUGAGUAUUUCUUGGUGAUGUGGAAACUACUGGUAUUAUUAGUAAGGUAUUUUGUUUUAUUAUUAGUGUUUGUUACUAUUGUUCAGUAUUUUUUCAAUCUUUCUUAUCACAGUCUGUUCGUCAUAUUUUGAUGAUUGCACAAACCACAACAGCAAGAGACUAGUUAGACUUGCAUCUCUGAUUUCUGCCAAAUGAAGUGGAAAUCAUUAAGGAAAUGUUCAACGGUAUCUUUCCUUAUCAGCAAAAAAAGCCACAGGCCAAAAUUUUGUAAGUUUUGCACGCCUCUGAAAACUAGCAAAAAUCAAGGGGACAUUUCUGCCCACAAAAAACAAUGAGGCUACAACCAGUUGCAAAACUGCUGGAGACACUGCACCAUAUUUUGGCUUAAAUAGCCUGGCCAUGAUCUUGUGCUUGUGAUUCCCCCUCUUGCUAGCAAUACAAGACCAUGCUCAAAACUUGGAAGAACAACAUUGAAUGGAGGGGAGGAGGAAGGUGAGUGUUACAUCGCACAGAACUGUAACUAGCAGCGAUUUGAAGUGAGUGUCUCAACAUUUUUGCAACUGGUCAGUGAGUACCCAUUCCAGUGGCUUGAGUUUCAUACCAAUACACCCAUGUGCUGUUUUUGUGACUUGCCAUAUCAGAGUGUCAUUCAUUCUCUUCAUAAAAAAAUACAAUUGUCUGUUGUCUUUCCGUUUUAUUUUUUAUUUUAAAAAUUAAGCCACACUGGUGCAGCACGAGCAGGAGUCCAAAAUUUGACCAUGAGUUUGGCUGUGGAGUGGAUACGAAAUGGAAUAAGAAUCAAUUGUGUAACUCCAGUAAGUUCUAUUAAGUUGAAUCGAGAAAAUCGUACUGAACCUUCCCUGUAUGCAAAGUGAUGCAACUUAAAAGCAACAACACAAACUCUACGCCCAGCUAUAAACGAGGGACAUAUCCAUAGAUACAGAAAGAAAAGUUCAUAUUUGUUCACGGUAUGUUUAGGUUGGAAAUUUUGGAGCAAUUUGUUUUAAGCCUUUCAUGUACGAGGUUCAUGACGACAAAUUGAGGACAAGAAAGUGAAUUGAAAAUUUUCCAUUUUCAAAGACAAAAUUAAGCCAUGUUCAUUGCCUGGGAGGUGCUCUGUAGUAAUUCUAUUUCUACUAUUUAUAGACACGUUGAAUAACAGUUUAAACUGUAUUUUAAUUUGGUCACACUUUUUUUAAGGUUACUGGAUAUCUCAGUCAGGGGUGUCCGCUCACAAUGACAUUCAAGUAAUGUAGCGUGUUCCGGGUAGGCUUACCCUGGGUGCCAGAGGCUUUUCAUGCGCGGUUUCCGGUUUCGGUCAAGUCUUAAAAAGUGACCCGCGCGAAAAGCUUUUUUCUCCUGAAAAGUUUGUUCUGACGGCUUCGCCGCUCGUGUCUUUGUCCUUCGGCCGAACAGGGGUCGGCCUGCGGCCGACGAAACGAAACUCCCCGACGUACGCGAGAAAAAACCUCUGGUACCCAGGGUAGGGUAAGCUACAUUAUACACUGUAUCUUAAAAUCUAUAUCAAACUGAACCUUAUUUAUACGGCUGUUAAUCAUUUUUUUAAACAUCACACUGUCGAUUUUUUAUUAAACAGUCUCAUCAGAGAGAUUGAGAGUCACGUCAACGGCCAACGGCAAAUGUCAGAUUCAAGUUGAGAAUCUCACAAAAUAGAAAAUAACCAGAUAAAAACUGUCCAGAACAAUUCCUUUGUGUGAAACUACUUAUUUUUGUGUAGAAGUAAUAAACAACAAGCGACAAUUCAGGGGGAAACAUGGUCACGUGGUACCAAUUCACGUUCGCCUUUUGGCGUAAACGUGACUUUUACCGGGAAACAGUUCAGUUUGUUUCCCUAGAAUCUCAACGUUUCCCGAGGCGGAAGCAGUAUAUAUGUCAUGUGACCUCGAAGUGCAAGGAGAGCGCGUGCUUGUGGGGAAAAAAUUUCCAGCUAUAAAACAAUGACUUGUAGAUGCGAGCGUCCAAAGUUAAAACUUCUUUUUUUAGAACGCUCGCAUUUAAAAAUUGUUAAAAAAUUGACAGGGCGAUAUUUUUAAACAAAUGUAAUUUUUCUAAAAACCCGUGCAAACGAACGCAACAUUGUUGGAUGUUACAUGUUGCGUACGUUUGCACACUACGUUGCAUAUUGUUGCGUGUUUUUGGGAGUACUAGUUGUUGCAUCCGUUUGCACACCAUUGCAACACGGACGCAACAACACGCAGCAUUGUUCGCGCCACAAUGUUGGGAAUUUUUGCGUCCGUUUGCACGUAGUUUAAGACAGCCAGGUUAGUGAGCUUCAAUUUGAUAUAGGCAUUUAGACGUUUGCAGCUUAAUCAGAAUACACUACAUGACCAGCACCUACACACCCCUGAAGAUGUCCCGUAACCUUAAAAAGUCUUUGUUAAUUCUUUAUAGCCUACAAAAGGUGUCAAAUCAAUUGAGUGUGCACUGUACAUUUAUUUACAGGGUGUUAUCUACUCUGACACAGCUGCUCAGAACUAUGCUGACCCUGAAUUGUUUCAGAAGUUGCGUGAUAAGCUGCCAGCUAGAAGGUGUGGAACUACAGCAGAGGUGAAUUGUGUUGUCGUAGAUGUACUGUUUCAUUGGAUUGCCCUGUAGGGAUCUCCCCUGUAGAAUAAUCGACUGAAUGUAUUGUACUCACUAUCUAUCUUCUCAUUGGCUAAGAGCCUAUAGUUAACAUCGCAACCUACAAAGGAGUCAUUUAUCUGGUAGCAGAUUACUGACUAGUCUGUAGGUUGCGCGCGCAAUGCGUAAUUUUUAAGAGCAAUAUCAAACUUUGAUCCCUGCGACGGUGUGUUUGUUGUUGUUUUCUCAAAACAAAGUAUAUCAAAGAAGCAUUCGGUUAAGUGUUAUCACCCCAGGCCAAAGGCCUUUGUGUGUUCUUCGCUUCGAUAAUUUGAAGUUUAGAGUCGAAAAAUGAGCAAAAUUAACGAUAAAAGCCCGUGUUCAGCCGCCCGGCCCUCUCAUCAAACAGUGAACGAUAACAGUGACCAAACUGUUCGUUUUUAAGACGUCAAUUGGCCUUAAUUUAAUGAAUUUGCCUCCAAUUUGAAACACGUGUUAGGAGCUGAAAUUAGAACUUUUGUAGGGUAUUGUAUAAAUUCUUAAAAACAAUUACCCAAAAAAAUAAGAUCGAAAGACUCCCGAAAAUAAGAACGAAGACCCCAAACAUUUACCGAGACCUUUAAGCUUAAGCUUUUCCAGUCCUGCUUAUUUGUGCCCGUUUUUGGCCUUAAUUUUCUUUUUUUUUUUCACUAUAAGUUCAUUUCUUUUGCCUUCACAUCAGGUUGCAGGGGCAGUUACCUUUCUCUUGUCUCCUGCCGCAGCCUACAUAACAGGAACAACAAUUGAUGUAGAUGGUGCUUCUAGUAAGGUCUAUGCCUCUCUGUUUCCUUCAGGUAACAAUAGACGUUAAAAGUGUUUGUUAUUUGUACUGUAAAGUUUUAGAUGUAAGAAGCACGUGGUUGAUAAAAAUAUCUGACCGCUCAUAUAAAGGUGACAAAUGUUUGUAGUCGAUUUCCAAGAGUUUCGAGCUUAGUCCUUCAUCAGUGCAAUACUUUUGUUGUGGCUGCGACAUCGGGAGACCCUAUACAGUGUACAUGUUACACUGACUAAGCCUUUUAAAGUGUUUUGAGUACAUUCACGUAAAUUAGUUAUUUCCGACGACAACAUGGUGCUACUGUAAAUCCGAGAGUGCGCUAAGAACUCGAAUUAUUUUAGUAUCCACCGAAAUGAGCACUGCCCGAGCUUUCCUCUCAGCCGGUCAAACAUCUUCAAUGGAACAUAAUCAAGAUGUUAACGUUUAUUGCUUUUGUUCAGUUGCAGAUCACUGUUCUCUGUCAGAAUAUUCGUGGGAUGAACCAUCAGUCAAGAGCAAGCUGUAGGUUCCAUUCCAACUUGAGCACGUAUGGUUAAUGGUGACAACAUGAUGCACGUGAACGAAAUACGAGGAACGGUCAUCAAAAAGUUAAUUGUUGAUCUGGCUAUUCAGGUUUAAUGAGACAAGGGGCAUUGAGGUGUAAAGGAACAUGCAACUAUCGAUGACUGCACUUGGCAUUCACUGUGGUUACCGAUUCUAUCGUUUUUGCUUCCCUUUGGGCAAGUUCUAUGGCCACCUGUCACCCUGGAAAGGCUCACGGUCCCUUUACUAUCCGUGCAUUAGUUCAUAUCUCCACUCUGAAGGUUCUUCGGCAACUUUCUUCGUUUGUUCGUUCCGUUCGUUCGCUUAACCAUACAUCUCUUAUAACUUGACGUUUCCUACCGGAACGGUAUCGCUAUUUACAGUGUGCGAAAGCAGUUUUAGUAUGCUACACAAAUAGGACAGCAUUGACGACGAAUCUUACUUUUGAGGAACAACGAAAACGCAAAUCUACCAUAAAUAUUUUACAAUUUUAUUAUUAUAUUCGCUUGUUAUCAAGGAAUCGAAAGACCGAAGACGAAGUCGCGAGAAUUUAUCCCAUUAGAAAAUAUAUGAGUGGUGGGACUUCUUGUCGUAUAAUCUGAAUAAAUUCAUAUCCUUCUGCUAUAUAAUAAACCUUACUGAUGCCAGUGCCUCCUGUUUAGUCUGAACUG